AAAAUGGAGAGGCGCGCUACAGAAACGGCAGUUUUUUUAAAAUUUAUGGAUGAUGUGUUCGAUAGCGUCAAUGGUUGCGGACCUUUCAACGAAGGAGGAAAAAAACUCAAAACUCAGAUAGAUCUUAAGGAAGGGGAUAGCUUACAAGUAAAGUUUUGGAGAGAGGCUAUCCCCAUUUUCAAAAGCAUGGAAUGCCUCGAUUCGAGUGGAAAACGAAUGACACGCCCACCGACUUUCAAAAAUUGGGUCUUUACAUUGGAAAAUUUAAUUUAUUGACGAAUAAAUUAAAGGGUCUUGGAAUUGAGACGUUGGUUCCCAGGUUUUUGAACCAAGAUCCUUUAGAGAAUUUUUUCGGGAAAGUUCGUCAACGAGGAAGUCGGUGGUCGAAUCCAUCGUGCCAUGCUUUUGGACCGUUUUACAAAUCUCUUCUGGUCACUAACUUAGUUAGUAAACAUUCUGUGGGAGGUAAUUGUGAAGAUGAUGGGUCGGAUUUGCUAAUUCCAUUGCAAACAUUUAUCCUACAGAGUGAAAAUCAGGAGAGAGGAGAAGCGGAGAUUACAGCGGUUGAGAUUCCAUCUGAAGUUUUGAGUAACAUAUUAAAUGAUUUAGAGAAAAAUGCCAUUGCUUAUGUAGGGGGGUAGAUUUUAAAAAACAUUAAAAUAAAAAAGUGUGAGGUGUGUAAGCAUAAUGUGUUUUUGCAGCAGGAGGAGAACAAUGAAUUUUUAAAUUUUGUGCGCGAAAAAGAGUUUGGGGGGGCCGUUGCUACUAGGCUUAACUAUAUAAUAUAAUACAUGU